AUGGUUUUGUAUUUUCGGAUCUUAUUUACAUUUUUAUUAUUUGAACAAACACUUGACAUUUUGCUUUUUGCAAUUCUUAUACUUCUCUUUCUUUUUCUAUUCCUUCUUUUUACAUUCCUCCUACUUAUUCUUUUUCUUCACCUUCUCUUCCUCUUUUUCUUUUUCUUUCUUCUUCUUCUUCUUCUUCUUCUUCUUCUUCUUCUUCUUCUUCUUCUUCUUCUUUACAUAUCACGCCAAACCCAGUUUCUUAGUCCACAACUGCUCUCUCGUUACGUUCUUCAUCUCUCUCUCUCUCUCUCUCUCUCUCUCUCUCUCUCUUAUAUACGACUUCCACGUCAUUUCCCCACCCACAACCUCCUCACACUCCGCAAAAUUUACCUCUCCACCCUCUUGAUUCUCUUCGUCCUCACUCUUUUUUCUCAUCCUCUUCACAUUUUUCCUGCCAACUUUACUCACAUUAUUCCUCCUCAUCCUACUCACAUACUUCCCUGUCGACAUGCUCAUAACGUUCUCCUCACACUCUUCCUUCUCGCCUUCUUCCUCCUCCACAUUUGCUCUACUUCCUCCUCACACUUUCCCUCUUCGCACUAUUUAACCUCAUACACGCCCUCCUCGACCUAUUACUCCACCACGUCCUCAUGCCCUUCUUCUUCUACCGCGUUACCCUCCUCACACUCAUCUUCUUCGUUAUCACCAUACAAUUACUUCCAGCAAUUUUCCUUCACUCCCUCCUCAUCUCUUUCCUCCACGUCUUCAACGCGAUCUUCCUCACCGACCUCUUCUUCCUCUUCACAGAUUUCCUCCUUAUCCUUCUUCAAAAAUUCCUCCUGA